AUGGCUUCCAUAGUAUUGCGGGUUUUCACAGAUUUCUUUGUCUAUGAAACAACCAAAUCAGUAGUGGUGAAGAGCUGGUCUGUUGGAAUCAUCAACCGUGUCGUCCAGCUGCUAAUUAUUCAGUACUUCAUCUGUUGGGUGUUUCUGCAUGAAAAGGCUUAUCAGGCUCGGGAUACAGGAAUUGAGUCUGCGGUCAUGACUAAAGUGAAGGGCUUUGGCAGCUAUCUCAAUCGUGUGAUGGAUGUGGCAGACUAUGUAGCUCCACCACAGGGCUCUUCAGCAUUCUCCAUCAUCACCAAAUUGAUCAUCACAGACAAUCAGACGCAAGGACGAUGCCCCCAGACUGAUGGUACAUUUAAAUGCACUUCUGAUGCUGACUGUAUGAAUAUAACUGGCUCACAUUUAGGGAAUGGUAUUGUAACAGGCACAUGUUUAAUAAAAAAUGAUCAAGGACAGUGUGAAAUUCAAGGCUGGUGCCCUGCAGAAAACGAUAAAGUUAAUGUGUCUGUAAUGGAGGGGGUCGAGAACUUUACCAUCUUCGUCAAGAACAGCAUUCGCUUCCCUCUAUUUAAUGUCACCAGGGGCAAUUUCCCUUCCGACUUAAACAAGUCGUACAUUACACACUGUAAUCAUGAUCCAAUUCUCCAUCCAUUCUGUCCAAUCUUUAAAGUGGGAGAUCUCUUGAAACUCAUGAAUCAAAAUCUCAGCAAAAUUGCCAGCAAAGGAGGAGAGAUUGGAAUUCACAUAGGCUGGAAGUGUGAUCUGGACCGUUCUUUGGACAUGUGCAAACCCCAAUACACAUUCACACGCUUGGACGCUGUGUUUCAGCACAGCAGUGUAUCCAAAGGAUAUAACUUCAGGUUUGCUAAAUAUUUCAAGUCGCCAGAUGGGACUGAGUAUCGAACACUUCACAAAGCCUAUGCCAUCCGCUUUGAGAUAAUCGUGUCUGGGAAUGUGAGAAAGUUUAGUGCUGUGCCAUUUCUGAUUAAUCUUGUGGCAGCGUUCACUUCAGUGGGACUGGCAACGGUGUUCUGUGAUAUCAUCCUUCUCAACUUCCUUCAAGGGGCGGAACAAUACAAAGCAAAGAAAUUUGAGGAGGUAUCAAGCAUUGAGACAGUCAGUGAACAAAUGACUCUACCAGGGCAGCCAAAUGCCAACAAAAGCGAUGGGAAAGAACUUUAA